AUUUAGUACCUCAAGACAAACUCUUAUGUGGAUUCCAGAUUCUUUUUUUUCCAGUUUGCUGAGUGGCAGAAUCUCAACACUUCGGGACGAAACUGGUGCUAUAUUUAUUGACAGAGAUCCAGCAGCAUUUGCACCCAUUUUAAAUUUUCUUCGGACAAAAGAACUAGAUUUAAGGGGCGUCAGCAUUAAUGUCCUCAGGCACGAGGCGGAGUUCUACGGAAUCACGCCGUUGGUGAGGAGGCUUCUGCUAUGCGAGGAACUGGAGCGUUCGUCCUGUGGCAGUGUGCUUUUCCACGGCUAUUUGCCCCCGCCAGGUAUCCCUAGUCGUAAAAUUAACAACGCGACUAGACCUUCCGCUGACCCCCGGAAUGGAGUAAACUCCGUAGAAGGUGAAGCCCGGGGAAAUGGUGCACAGCCUGUUCUUUCCACCGCUGGAGAAGAGCCCGUCAGGCUGGGAUUUCCUGUGGAUCCACGAAAGGUGCUGAUAGUAGCUGGCCAUCACAACUGGAUUGUGGCUGCGUAUGCUCACUUUGCUGUGUGCUACAGAAUCAAAGAAUCUUCAGGAUGGCAACAAGUGUUUACAAGCCCGUACCUGGACUGGACUAUCGAGCGCGUGGCUUUGAAUGCCAAAGUGGUUGGGGGUCCUCACGGAGACAAAGACAAGAUGGUGGCCGUCGCGUCGGAGAGCAGCAUCAUCCUGUGGAGUGUUCAGGACGGGGGCAGCGGAAGUGAGAUCGGCGUGUUCAGCCUGGGUGUUCCUGUGGAUGCGCUCUUCUUUAUUGGAAACCAGUUGGUGGCCACAAGUCACACGGGGAAAGUGGGAGUGUGGAAUGCUGUCACUCAGCACUGGCAGGUUCAAGAUGUUGUCCCCAUAACUAGUUACGACACCGCUGGGUCCUUUCUUCUGCUGGGAUGUAACAAUGGCUCAAUAUAUUACAUAGAUAUGCAGAAAUUUCCUUUGCGAAUGAAGGAUAAUGAUCUUCUUGUUACGGAACUCUAUCAUGACCCUUCGAAUGAUGCUAUUACUGCUCUGAGUGUUUACCUCACGCCCAAAACAAGUGUCAGUGGGAACUGGAUUGAGAUCGCCUAUGGUACGAGCUCUGGAGCAGUGCGAGUGAUAGUGCAGCACCCAGAGACGGUCGGCUCGGGCCCUCAGCUCUUCCAGACUUUCACGGUUCACCGAAGCCCCGUGACAAAGAUCAUGCUGUCGGAGAAACACCUGGUGUCAGUCUGUGCAGAUAAUAAUCACGUCCGCACAUGGACAGUAACGAGGUUCAGAGGAAUGAUCUCUACUCAGCCAGGUUCCACGCCGUUAGCAUCGUUCAAGAUCCUGUCCUUGGAAGAGACCGAAAGCCAUGGGAGCUACUCCUCCGGAAAUGACAUAGGGCCUUUUGGAGAGCGAGACGACCAGCAGGUGUUUAUUCAGAAAGUUGUUCCCAUCACCAACAAACUGUUCGUCCGGCUCUCAUCCACCGGGAAGAGGAUCUGUGAGAUCCAGGCCGUGGACUGCACGACCAUCUCCUCCUUCACCGUGCGCGAGUGCGAGGGCUCCAGCAGGAUGGGCUCGCGGCCGCGGCGCUACCUGUUCACAGGCCACACCAACGGCAGCAUUCAGAUGUGGGACCUGACCACGGCGAUGGACAUGGUCAGCAAGAGUGAGGACAAGGACGUCGGCGGCCCCACGGAGGAAGAGCUGCUGAAGCUGCUGGACCAGUGUGACCUGAGCACGUCGCGCUGCGCCACCCCCAACAUCAGCCCCGCCACCUCCGUGGUUCAGCACAGCCGCCUGCGGGAGUCCAGUUCCAGCCUACAGCUGCAGCCCCGCGAGGCGGCGCAGGAGGCGGCCACCUACGGCUCGGUGCGGCCCUACCGGGAGAGCCCGCUGCUGGCCCGCGCGCGGCGGGCCGAGAGCUUCCACAGCUACCGGGGCGCCGGAGCUCGCCUCGUGACGGAGCCCGGCCGCCUGGGCGCGUCCUGACGCCGGGCGGGGUGACGGGGCUGCAGGUCGCGUCUGCCUAACGCUUGCCCGGAAUGCGGAGGCGCAGUGAUCGCGCCUCGCCGUAUGGGAUGGUUCCAGUCUCGGGCACGUUGGGAUCAUGUGUAAGGAGCGCCCCGCUGUGCCCGGGCUGGCGCGCGGGGUGAGUCACCGAUUCGCCCCGGCGCUGGGCUCCCCGCCCCCGUGAUCGCAGUGUGUUUACCGGAUUCUCGAUGAGGUGCUAUGUUUGUGAAAAAGUGUGUAACUCAAGAACACUACUGCUGUUAAGUGCCAGGUUCCACUGUGUAGUGAGACUUCCAGGGUCGUUUUCGUGUGGGGGGUCGUUUUCUGAUUUUCAUUGUCGGCAGUUCCUAAAUCUUAGCAUGCACCAUCCAUAUUCAAUGCCAGAAGUCCGUGUGAACUUUAUUUCAAGUUGGAGCAAUUGUCCGUGAUGGAAGGUGACGCAAAAAAUAAUAAUUAGGGCAGAGCUUUGAGUACCCAAAAGGAAAACUCGCCCAGUUGCUAAUUUGCCUUAUUUAAGAGUCACCGUAUUUUUUUCAAUGUUAAUCAAGAUAAUUAAAUGUGGCCAUCUUAUCACACUUAGGGAUGUAUAAUUGUGCAUUUUUGGUUCAAGGCUUCUGCUGUUAAAAAUGUUAUUUUGAAUUGUAAGAUCAAAGAAUUUUUUUGUACAUGUUUUCUUUAAUUGGACUGAAUUUCAGGUUUCAGAAAAUAGGGUAAGUGUAAAUUUAAACGAUUAAACAUUUAUUGCUGAAUAAUGUAUAUAUUUCCAUUCCAAGAAAUGUGAGUGAAGUUGAUAUAAAUUCUUUAAAGUUUACUAUAUUGCCAGGGGUUUCACAAAAAAAAUUCUCUUGUAUUUAUUUAUCGGCUUAAUCAAAUAAAAAUUAUUUUAAAAAUA